AUGAAAGAUGGAGACAUUUACACUGUAGAUAAAAUUGUUGGGCAUCGAAGGAGAAGGGGCACAAAACAGUAUCUUGUGAAGUGGGAAGGGUAUUCAGACUCCGAAAACACUUGGGAGGAUGAAAAGAAUAUUUUCUGUAAGAAGUUAAUAAAGGAAUAUGAAGAAUCUCAAAGAAAAUUAAAGAAGGGCAAUAGACAAGUAAAUAAGAAAAAAGCUGUUCCUAGGAAAUCUAAGAAGGACCUACCAAGUAGUAGCAGAUGUGUUACUAAUGACUGGGACGAGCUAGUUGACAGAAUUGUAUCAGUAGAAAAAAACGGGCCCAUCCUUGUGGUUUGGUUGUUAUUUAAGGAUGGAAAGAAAGAUCGCUUUCCUGCAUCAGAGAUUCAUAUAAGAUGCCCAUUACACCUACUUGAAUACUAUGAAAGCAAUUUAGUUUUCUGCGAAGAUGGAGUAAAUGAUAUCAAGUAA